AUGACAAGAGACAGAUUUUCUCUUUUGCGAAAUAAUUUACACGUUGUUGAUACGGAUACUGUGCGAGCAAGAGAUGCAGGAAAUCCUCUCUGGAAAAUACAACCAGUUCUCACAGCCGUUAAAAAUGGCUGUGAAAAGAUAUUGCGAGCUCCAGGUAGAUAUUCAGUGGACGAGCAAAUGAUUCCAUUCACAGGAAAAUGUCAUCUUCGGCAGCUGGUAAAGAACAAGCACCGGCCCGUUGGCUUAAAAAUUUUGUGGUCACAACCAGUGAAGGGCUGA